AUGUGUCGCUUUCUGGUCUACAAGGGAAGUGACGAGAUCCUGCUCUCCAAGCUUAUCCUCGAACCGUGCCACUCCAUCCUCAGACAGAGCUUCGACUCUCGCCUUCGACUAGAUACGAGGCGCGGAGCAAACAAUGCCGAUGGCUUCGGCAUAGGCUACUACACCAGCCCCAAGCUGGGCGCCGAACCCUGCAUCUUCACCUCGACUACACCCGCCUGGAACGACCCGAACCUGCAGCGAAUCGCCUCAAAAACCGCAUCGAACCUCAUAUUUGCGCAUGUGCGAGCCACCACCGAAGGCUCCACCUCCCCAGACAACUGCCACCCCUUCGAACAUGGCAGCCUCAUGUGGAUGCACAACGGUGGACUCGGCGGCUGGAAGCACAUCAAGCGCAGACUGGCUGAACGUCUCGCCGAUAAAUGGUACCUAGGUGUCAGGGGAGGUACCGACAGCGAAUGGGCCUUCGCCCUGUUCCUCGACACCCUCGAGCGCAUGGGUGUCGACCCCAGCUCUUCUCCGAAGAAGGGCUUCGGUCCCAUGGUGUUGAGGAAAGCCAUGUUGAAGACCAUCGCGCAGAUCAACGACCUGAUCGACCAGAUACCGGAGAGCACCCUGCACAGCGAGAACAUCGACACGCGAAGCUUGCUCAACUUCUGCGUCUCCGACGGGCACAGCAUCAUCUGCACCAGAUACAUCAACAGCUCCACCGAUGAGGCCGCUAGUCUGUACUAUUCCUCGGGCACCCAGUGGGAGACGAGACAGCAUGAUGACAACGAGAAUUACCAAAUGAAGAGACGCGAUAAGGGCGCCGAUGUGGUUCUCGUCUCUAGCGAGCCUCUGACGUUUGAGAGAGAAAACUGGAUCAACGUUCCCACCAACUCCAUCUUGACCAUCCAUGACCAGACCGCUUUCGUCCAGCCGAUAAUAGACCAAUUCCAUCAUAAAGACCCCUGGCAUCGCCGAUCGGCUGGCUUCGUGCAAAGCAAAGGCCUUGCCGCGAACGAAAAGACCCCCACGCCGCUGCCCAUGCCCAACCCGGCGGUGGUCGCCCCUGAGGGCAACUUACAGGCGGAGAUGUUUCACAAAAGGGCCAACCUGGGACCAACAAUACCGUUCAGUUUGAUGAGGUCGAUCACCCCCCAGAUCUCGAGGACAACACCUUCUGAGGCACCCAACAGCGUUGUCGCCGCAUCACCUCGGCCUUCUUUGUCAACCGUGGAUACUAGCAAAAGCACAGAUUUCAGAACAGUGACUGGGCCACCAGUCAGCAGACAGGCAUCUACCUCGAAUCCACCGGCGCUGGGCAACAUCAAGAAGAAGAGGAUGUCGCUCAGCAACCUUGACCAGCUGCAAAGCCCGUCUCCGUCGUCGGAAACAGAGCCACCGACCCCGAUGAGCCCGGUAGACAGGACAUCGUAUGGGGACCCAAAUAAAAUUGCGCAAUACUUUCCAGAGCUUACCCUUUCGCCUUGA